ACAGGAACGGCCGAGCGCGCAGUGAGGGAGGGAGAAGCCACGCUGUCUGGAGGAGGAAAAAGUGUCUCCUGCAACCCUAUCUCGACUGUCAACACACUCACACACAACACUCCAUACUGCGGGAACACCCUACAAGAAGGAAACCUGCUUUCUUAAAUCGCACACACACCGUGCUUUAGUUAUCCAGCUCUAUCAUGUCAGCCAAAGCUAUCUCCGAGCAGACAGGGAAGGAGUUCCUGUACAAACACAUCUGCACUUCAGCCAGUGUUCAGAACCGAUUUCGAUAUGCUAACGUGACUGCAGAAACCGACUGGGAACGACUGGUUCAGGAUCACCCCUGGCUCUUGACGGAGCGAUUGGUGGUUAAACCAGAUCAGCUGAUCAAGCGCAGAGGAAAGCUAGGAUUGGUGGGCGUGAACCUGGAUCUGAAUGGUGUGAAGGAAUGGCUCAAAUCCCGCCUUAUGCAGGAGACCAUGGUGGGGAAGGCGAAAGGCAUUCUCAAAAACUUCCUGAUCGAGCCCUUUGUAGCGCACAAACAGGAGGAGGAGUUUUACGUCUGCAUAUACGCCACUCGUGAAGGCGACUACAUGCUCUUCCAUCAUGAGGGUGGUGUGGAUGUGGGGGACGUAGACUCUAAAGCCCUCAAACUGCUGGUGGGAGUGGAUGAGAAGAUCAGCGCAGACACAGUCAAGAGUCAGCUGCUCACACACGCACCUGCAGAUAAGAAAGAGAUCUUGUCUAGUUUUCUGGUGGGCUUGUUCAACCUGUAUGAAGAUUUAUACUUCACAUACUUGGAGAUCAACCCUCUAGUGGUCACGAAGGAUGGUGUGUAUGUUCUGGACAUGGCUGCAAAAAUCGAUGCCACAGCAGAUUAUUUGUGCAAAGCCAAGUGGGGUGAUGUGGAGUUUCCCCCUCCCUUCGGCAGAGAAGCUUAUCCGGAGGAGGCAUACAUAGCAGAUCUGGAUGCUAAAAGUGGCGCCAGUCUCAAGCUAACACUCCUGAACCCUCGCGGACGCAUCUGGACUAUGGUGGCAGGAGGCGGAGCUUCUGUUGUCUACAGUGACACAAUCUGUGAUCUGGGUGGAGUUAAUGAACUGGCCAAUUACGGCGAGUAUUCAGGAGCUCCAAGUGAGCAACAAACAUAUGAUUACGCCAAGACCAUCCUCUCCCUGAUGACCCGCGAGAAACACCCUGAUGGUAAAGUCCUGAUCAUUGGAGGCAGCAUCGCCAACUUCACUAACGUUGCAGCAACAUUCAAGGGUAUCGUCAGGGCUUUCAAAGAUUAUCAGGACCCUCUGAAAGAGCAUGAAGUCACUAUAUUUGUUCGUCGUGGUGGACCAAACUACCAGGAAGGUUUACGAGUGAUGGGUGAAGUUGGAAAGACCACCGGUAUCCCUAUUCAUGUUUUUGGCACUGAGACGCACAUGACUGCUAUUGUCGGGAUGGCACUGGGUCAUCGUCCAAUCGCCACACAGCCUCGUGGCGCUGCCCACACCGCUAACUUCCUUCUCAAUGCUAGCGGUGGGACCACGACUCCUGCCUCCUCCAGAUCAGCCUCUUUCUCUGAGGUCCGAACUGGAGCAGAAUCUUCAUCAGGCAAAAAGAGUCGUGCUGGACUUCCUCCAGCCAAAAGCACCACUUUGUUCAGUAACCACACCAAGUCUAUAGUGUGGGGAAUGCAGACGCGUGCAGUGCAGGGCAUGCUGGACUUCGAUUAUGUUUGCUCACGCCAGGAGCCAUCAGUAGCGGCCAUGGUUUACCCCUUCACUGGAGAUCACAAGCAGAAGUUUUACUGGGGUCAUAAGGAGAUCCUGCUCCCUGUCUAUAAGAACAUGGCUGACGCAAUGAAGAAGCAUCCAGAAGUGGACGUGCUCAUCAGUUUCGCCUCUCUCCGCUCUGCCUACGACAGCACCAUAGAGACCAUGCAGUACCCGCAGAUCCACACCAUAGCCAUCAUAGCUGAGGGAAUCCCGGAGGCUCUGACCCGCAAGAUCAUCAAAAUGGCAGAUGAGAAGGGAGUCACUAUUAUCGGUCCUGCAACGGUCGGCGGCAUCAAGCCCGGCUGCUUUAAGAUUGGCAAUACGGGUGGGAUGCUGGACAACAUCCUGGCGUCAAAGCUGUACAGGCCGGGCAGCGUGGCCUACGUGUCCCGUUCUGGAGGAAUGUCCAAUGAGCUCAACAACAUCAUCUCUCGUACCACAGACGGAGUUUAUGAAGGAGUGGCCAUUGGAGGAGACCGAUAUCCAGGCUCUGUGUUCAUUGACCACGUCUUGAGGUAUCAGGACACGCCAGGAGUCAAGAUGAUUGUUGUGCUUGGAGAGAUUGGUGGAAAUGAAGAGUACAAGAUUUGCAAUGCCAUCAAAGAAGGCAGGAUCACCAAACCUGUGGUGUGCUGGUGUAUCGGGACCUGCGCCACUCUCUUCUCCUCUGAGGUCCAGUUUGGCCAUGCUGGAGCUUGUGCUAACCAGGCGUCUGAGACAGCGGUGGCCAAGAAUAAAGCUCUGGAAGAGGCAGGAGCCUUCGUUCCCAAGAGCUUCGAUGAGCUGGGAGACGUCAUCAAAUCAGUGUACGAUAAUCUGGUAGCUAAGGGUGUGAUUGUACCUGCCAAAGAGCUUCCUCCACCAACAGUACCAAUGGAUUAUUCCUGGGCACGUGAGCUGGGUCUGAUCCGUAAGCCGGCGUCCUUCAUGACCAGCAUCUGUGACGAGAGAGGACAGGAGCUCAUCUACGCUGGCAUGCCCAUCACGGAGGUCUUCAAGUCUGAGAUAGGGCUUGGCGGGACCCUCGGCCUGCUCUGGUUCCAGAGGAGGCUGCCCCGCUACGCUUGUCAGUUCAUUGAGAUGUGUCUGAUGGUGACGGCCGAUCACGGCCCUGCGGUGUCUGGAGCUCAUAACACCAUCGUGUGUGCUCGUGCUGGCAAAGACCUGAUCUCCAGCCUCACGUCCGGACUGCUGACCAUUGGGGACCGCUUUGGUGGAGCCCUGGAUGCUGCUGCUAAGCAGUUCAGUAAGGCGUUCGACAGUGGCAUGCUGCCUAUGGAGUUUGUCAACAAAAUGAAGAAAGAUGGCAAACUCAUUAUGGGCAUCGGGCACAGGGUGAAAUCGAUUAAUAAUCCUGAUAUGCGAGUGCAGAUCCUCAAAGACUUUGUGAAGCAGCAUUUCCCUGCCACCCAACUGCUGGAUUACGCUCUGGAAGUGGAGAAGAUCACCACAUCAAAGAAACCAAACCUGAUUCUGAAUGUUGAUGGUUUCAUUGGAGUGGCGUUUGUGGAUCUGCUGAGGACCUGCGGUGGCUUCACUCGUGAUGAAGCGGAUGAGUUUGUGGAGAUCGGAGCACUGAAUGGCAUCUUCGUGUUGGGACGCAGCAUGGGAUUCAUAGGUCAUUAUCUGGACCAGAAGCGCCUGAAGCAGGGUUUGUAUCGCCAUCCUUGGGAUGACAUCUCCUAUGUGCUUCCUGAACACAUGACCAUGUAACGACAGAAUCCAGAUCUCACUGAACCCAUGAAGUCGAAACACCUUUUUUUCUUUUACGUGUGUGUGUGUAAAUGUGGAUCUGCACUUCUCCAGGUGUGAGUGUGUUUGUGUGUGUCCUUUUUGCUUUUGUUUUUUCUCUCUUUUUAGUGUUUGUGUUGUGUAAAACAAACCUGAGUUACUGUCCCAAUAUAAACUGUAAAUGUAACCCAACUGCCUGAUGUUGAUUGUGUUGCAAUGGCAUUUUAAAACUGUGAAAUCAUCCUAACACAUUCCAUAUCUCCCUAGUACACAUCAUCUCAUAUAAAUAUCACUGCAAAAUGUACAUCUGCUUAUGUCUGUGUGCCUACAAAAGGGAAACUAUAUUAGAAACCAAAAUGCCUGGUUGCUGGAAUCUCCCCAGUGUUGUUGUAUUAUUGCUUUGUUUGAAACAGCCGUGACUGCAAACUGAACUUUUGAAAAUCCCCUAAAGAUAACUAAAGUUUUCCCAUAGAUAUGUUUGUAACGUUUUAUUUUAAUGUUAUUUUAAGUAAUAUUUUGUCAACUCUAAUUAACACCGUGCAAUAUUCCAGUGCACUAGCGAGCAAUAGCUUCAUGUGUGUGUUUGUAAGGCUUAAAAAAUGCCAGGUCACCUAAUUUGCAGGGGGAGGGGAGAGAAUGUUGCUAUUUUUAAUAACUAAUAUAUAUAUAUAUAUAUAUAUACACACACAAAUGAAACCAGUAUUUUGGCCAAUGGUGGUGUUUGUAAAUGUGCAGCGUUGCCAUAAAUUCACAAUGUUUACGGUUCAUAUGCCAGUGCAGCUGUAUGAAGAUCACAUUUACGCAAGUUAAAGUUCAUCACCAAAUUGAAUAUAAAAGCAGGCUCAUUAGCUAUGUACUUUUUCUUUGUAGUAAUAAUAAUAAAUAAAGCUAUGAAUUGUAUCACUCUUAA